AUGGCCCUGCUGUCGCCUCACACGGGCUACCAAAUCCGGCGUUCGAACAAAGAGCCAGAGUGGUCAAGCAUCUGCGACAAUGUCUUUGAUCAAUACCUGGACACAGACGACCUGUUCGCCUUUGACACCAAUCAGCCUGGGCGAAGCAGUUCCAAUGAUUCUGUCAAUCUCUUUAAUUUCUCGGCAUCCAGCGGACAAAGCCAUCGUACCGAUGCUACCUCGCCUAUUCCUUCGUGGGAGGCGACAGCGCCAGAGCAUCUGAUCGAGGCAAGACAGCCCACGGCCAAAGAGCCUGUCACAUUCUGGAAGAAGACGCUGCACGCCUUGGAACAGAACGCUGCUGAGUGCGAAAGGAAGCAGCAAACUCUAAGAACAACCAAAUCACAUCUCGAUUUUCUGAGUCUUGGAGGCUGCCCUUCGCCACCGAUCGAGCCUCCUUCUCCCACCGACCAAUCAUUCUCCGCCCAGCGUCGAGUGUCAAGGACGGCCGCAAGCGGAAAGGGACGUAACAUUACCGCCAGAUCGGUCUCACGUGGCAGGCCAAGUGGUGUGACGAAGACUGCAGUUGCUGGCUCCGCCAACCCAAACGCUACUGUGCGGAAAUGCAGUGCUAGUCCCCCCAAGAUGAUGAACCCCUCACGCUACCGAGCCGGCUUCAAAGACGCAUGGACAGAAAAGCUGCAGUCGGACCCGGACAAGUACGAGUUGAGGGUGCCUCCACUGAAGGGACUGCCUCUAUCGCCGCCGUCUUCGGCCAGAUUCAACCAUGAAGACGACUUUGCUGCAUUCGGCUCACCGAGCCAUUAUCCACCGGUGCCUACCUUCGAUGAUCAGAUGUCGCCUCUGACAAUGAACUUUCAGCAAGCGCAUAUCCACACACCGGUCUUGUCGCCGGCGUUCAACGACCUCGCGCAUGCCAACAACUCGUACAUCAGCUCGAUACCACCGUUGCAACAGAGCUUGUACACACCGCAGACAGUGCCAUUGAACGAUACAGCGCCUCUGUAUCCUGAGCGGACAUCGUCUCUCGCAGCAAGCAAGAUCCAGGCCUUUGAUUUUGGCUUCUCCGAAGCAGCAACCUCUGAAUCGUGGAACACUGGCCCUAUCACUGAAUCCAUAGGCAACUUCGGAAACAACUUCGGCUUCCACGAUCCGUUCGCGGCACUGGGCGACGCCGUAUUACCUUCCAUCGAGACGGCUGAUCUCGAGCUGGCUGGACUCGGCAUCAGCUGCGACCCAUCCCUCGUCUCCAACCUCCACGCCAACCCCACAGCCACAUCAAACACAACCCACAGCUCCUCCAGAUCACGACCCUACUCCCUCCAAUCCGACCCCCGCAGCAAAGCCCCCUCCCACCCCCACCGCCGCGCCAUAUCCUGCCAACGCUCCCUCUCCCCCUCCCCGACCCCGGCCACCGAACCCCGCUCCUCCAAACGCGCAUCCUCUUCCCGCCGCACAUCCCGGCAUCGACGAGCCAAAUCCACCAACGCGACCCCAAGACAGCCUCAGAGCGAUAAACAAGGCGGCUUCGUGAACUUCACCGCGCACGACAGCACGAAGAUUCUAAGCGGCGUGGCGCCUUCGGGGAGCUCGAAGACGAAGUUGCGACGAGAGAAGGAGGCGGCGGAGAAGAGGAGGCGGUUCAGUCAGGCGGCUGUGAAGGCGGUGGAGGAGGCGGGAGGGGAUGUGGAGGCGUUGGGGAGGGUGGGGUUAUCGACGAGCGCCCAGCGAAGCCGUAUCCUGCCGUUCAAAAUGUCUUCCACCACCAAACGAGCCAAACACACCUUCGCCCCCGUCGGCAAGCCCAAUGGCUCAUCAGCCAUGCGGUUAAAAGGCAUCGUCUUCGACAUGGACGGCACCCUCUGUCAUCCGCAAAACUACAUGUUCUCCGAAAUGCGCUCCGCCGUCUCCAUCCCCGCCUCAUCGGAUAUACUAGACUACAUCCACGCUCUCCCCCAGCAAGAACAAGACGACGCUUUCGCCAAAAUCCAGGCGAUCGAGCGGAAAGCGAUGGAGGAGCAGGUCCCGCAGGCUGGUCUUGUUACGUUGCUGGAAUUCCUCGAUAAGCAUGAGAUUAUGAAGGGGAUCUGUACCCGCAACUUCGACGCCCCGGUCACACACCUUUUGAAAACGCACGUACCCGGCCACAUCAACCCCUUCGCCCCAGUCGUGACGCGGGAUUUCCGCCCGCCGAAACCGAGUCCGGCUGGUAUCCUCCACAUCGCGCACUCCUGGGGGCUAGUUCAGAGCGCGACGGUGCCGGAGACAAGGCCAGAGGAGAGGUUGCUGCCGUUGGUGAUGGUGGGGGAUAGUGUGGAUGAUAUCGAAGCCGGGUAUGAGGCUGGGGCGUUUACGGUGUUGGUGCGGAGUCGAGGGAAGGAGGAGUUGGAGGGGGAUGGGAGGGUGGGGGUUGUGGUUGAGAGGUUGGAUGAGAUUGUUGGUUUGCUUGAGGAGGGGUUGGGGUCGAGGUUAUGA